CCUCCCUCCGCGUUGCAGCCAGAAUCCUACUCGUAUUGCGCCUGGACCAUCCUCGCAAUCUUAGGGUGAGGGACUGAGAGGACUGAUCAGCUCACGGUCGCAUCACGCUCGUUUGCAUCCAGAGAUCCCUUUUAGCAGGCCAGACCAAAAAUGCCCCCCAUCCCGCCGUCGCGUCUGGUCGCGCUGCAGUCCAACGCCCAGAACAUCCGCAACAUCUGUAUUCUCGCACACGUCGACCAUGGCAAGACGUCUCUCACAGACUCACUUAUUGCUACCAAUGGGAUCAUCUCCCCCAAGAUGGCAGGCAAGGUCCGCUAUUUGGACUCACGGCCGGACGAACAGAUACGGGGAAUUACCAUGGAGAGCAGCGCCAUCAGUUUGUACUUCAGCAUGAUGCGCAGACAAACGGAAGGCGAAGAGGCAAAGAAGGAGGAAUACUUGAUAAACCUGAUAGACAGCCCUGGUCACAUUGACUUUUCGUCAGAGGUCAGCACGGCUUCCAGGCUGUGCGAUGCCGCAGUCGUCCUGGUUGAUGCCGUCGAAGGGGUGUGUUCGCAGACGGUGACGGUGCUUCGACAGGUAUGGUUAGAAAAGCUGAAACCAUUGCUCGUGAUCAACAAGAUUGACAGGCUGGUGACCGAACUAAAAAUGACCCCGGGCGAGGCAUACUCGCAUCUGGAGAGAGUCCUAGAGGGCGUGAAUGCCGUCAUAGGAGGCUUCUUUCAAGGCGAGCGCAUGGAAGAGCAUCUAAUGUGGAGAGAAAAGCUUGACCGGGAAAGGGCGGCUAAAGAGCAGCAAAGGCAGGAUGUAAUGAGCGAGACUGCUUCCGAGGCAGACCUGGACCAACAAUUCGAGGAGCGAGAUGACGAGGACCUCUAUUUCGCUCCCGAGAAGAACAAUGUCAUCUUCGCCAGCGCAAUAGAUGGGUGGGCAUUUACUGUCCGUCAAUUCGCGGGCAUAUAUGAGAAGAAGCUAGGUAUCAAAAGAUCCCUUUUGGAAAAGGUCCUGUGGGGUGACUUCUAUCUGGAUCCAAAGACCAAAAAGGUGCUCGGUCAGAAGCACCUGAAAGGAAGAAAUUUGAAACCAAUCUUCGUGCAACUUGUUUUGGAGCCUAUCUGGCAGGCCUACGACGCCACGGUUGGCAUCAAUGGCGCUCGGGGCGAUCCAGCACUGUUGGAGAAGAUAACGAGGUCUCUGUCUAUCAAUUUGCCCGCCCACAUCACGAGGUCGAGGGAUUCCAAAGCCAUUUUACAAGCCGUCUUUUCCUCGUGGCUGCCACUCUCAACAGCCCUUCUCGUCUCCGUCAUCGAGUACUUACCAAGCCCUCCCACAGCCCAAGCCAGUCGGUUGCCCGAAAUGAUUGAGGAUCUGGUCAGUUCAAAGAGUAUUGACCAGUCCUUGAAAGACUCCAUGAUCAAUUUCGACACUUCUGGCUCUGCGCCAGUCGUGGCAUACGUGAGUAAGAUGGUUGCCAUCCCCGAGAGUGAACUCCCCUCGAAGAGACGAAAACUGGGCACCAUCUUAACGGCAGACGAAGCCAGGGAGCUCGCGCGAAAGAAACGUGCUGAGAUCGCCAAAGCGCAGGCCGAGACAGAAGGCGCGACUGGUGUGGACACUAUAACGAAUGGACUAAAUACGGCCAGGAUAGGCGAGGAGACCGACGAGGGGAUGACGCCAGAGCAACCAGAAGAUCCGGAACAUUUGAUCGGUUUUGCCAGACUUUACUCCGGGUCACUCUCGGUCGGAGACGAAGUCUACGUUCUGCCACCCAAGUUCAAUCCAGCCUUCCCUCACGCUUCGCCAGAGCCGAAGAAGGUACCCAUCACGGCUCUCUAUCUCCUCAUGGGCCGAUCACUAGAGCCGCUGGACAAAGUACCCGCAGGAGUAGUCUUUGGGAUCGAAGGGCUGGAAGGCCACAUUCUCAAGACCGGGACGUUGUGCUCGCAACUAGAAGGGGCCAUCAAUUUGGCCGGUGUUUCCACGCUCAGCCAGCCUAUCGUCAGAGUUGCACUGGAACCCACGAACCCGACGGACCUGAACAAGAUGAUCAAGGGGCUAAAACUGCUCGAACAAAGUGAUCCUUGUGCUGUCUAUGAGCAGAUGGAGAGUGGAGAGCAUGUCAUUCUGACCGCCGGGGAGCUGCAUCUCGAACGGUGCCUGAAAGACUUGCGGGAGCGAUUUGCAAAAUGUGACAUCCAGCCUGGCGAGCCAAUCGUGCCAUAUCGAGAAACAAUCGUGAAGGCCGAGGAGAUGGAACCGCCGAAGAACAAAGAUCUGCCCAGAGGGACGGCGAUCGCGGUGACGGCAUCCAAGACCCUCUCUGUCAGACUGAGCGUGAGACCUCUGCCGCAGAACGUAACGGAGUUUCUCAUCAACAAUGGAGGGUCGAUCAGAAGACUAUACGCAGAAAAGCAAGCACAGGAGGAAGAGACGACGAAAGACUCUGCCGAUGUUGAAAAGGAGGAGAUAGUCGACCUAGGCAACGACACCGGAGGGCGGGAAAGGAGCCACCUCUCCCUUCAAGAGUUCCGAGAUCAGCUUCAGGCAGCAUUCGACGAGGUCAAAGAGGACAAAGAGGUCUGGGCAAAGGUGGUGCCUAGGAUAUGCGGGUUUGGUCCUCGGCGGGUCGGCCCCAAUCUCUUCAUCGACGCGACGGGAGAACACACCUGUAAGCGAUUCCUGUUCGAGCAGCACGAGAUCGCCGAGAGGGAAGGAGACCCAAACGGGACCGGGACCAAGAGCAGCAAUCCCGACGGGGUGGAACACUCGUCGCCCAAGCAGGAUUUCUCCGACACAAUCGCAUACGCGUUCCAACUGGCGACCUCGCAGGGCGCGCUCUGUCGCGAACCCAUGCAGGGCGUCGCCGUCUUCCUCGACGAGAUCAGUCAACAACAGCAACCGGCACCGGCCACCGACCUGUCUCCCAACAACGGCGGCGGCAGCGACCCGACCUCGUCGGCGGCAGUCGAGUCGGGCCGCCUGACGGGCGAGCUCAUCACGUCGGUGCGCGAGACCAUCCGCGCCGCCUUCCUGGACUGGUCGCCGCGCAUCCUGCUGGCCAUGUACAGCUGCACGAUCCAGGCGACCCCGGAGGUGCUGGGGCGGGUGUACUCGGUGCUCACGCGCCGGCGGGGGUCGAUCCUGUCCGAGGCCCUGCUGGAGGGGACGCCGUACUUCACCAUCAGCGCCAAGCUGCCCGUGGCCGAGUCGUUCGGGUUCAGCGAGGAGAUCCGCAAGCGGACCUCGGGCCUGGCGCAGCCGAUGCUGCAGUUCGUCGGGUUCGAGGUCGUCGACGACGUCGACCCCUUCUGGGUCCCGCGCAGCGAGGAGGAGCUCGAGGACCUGGGCGUGCACGGGGAGCGGGAGAACGUCGCGAAACGGUACGUCGACGGCGUGCGGAGGAGGAAAGGCCUGCUCGUCCGGGGGACGCGGGGUGUCGGGAGAGACGCCGAGAAGCAGAAGACUCUCAAGACCAAUUGAGACAAACCAUGCUCGCCGUCCAGGCUGGGGCUAGAAACAGAUACCUGGAACAUGCCGCAACUAAGUCAAAUACAAUUCCGG